GUUUUUGGACAAUAAAAAGUUAAUGCCCACCUCAGAUCUCUCCAAGCCUUUGACAUAAGCAGAAACAGAUUCAUCUAAUUCCCUUUGUUUGUUUCUGCCUUGCAAUUUAGGGAAAAAUAAUUCACAUAUCUUCAAAUCCCACUUCUAUUUUUUUUUUCUUUUUCUUUCUAGUUUUCCUUCUCUGUCAAACUUAUGCAAAAAAGACUCCAUUUUUUGGUGGCUGCAAUUCUGUGAAUGUUUCAGAAUUGUGGGGUUUCUUCAAAUUCUUGAAAGGAAAGGAGGAAAGGAAUCAAAAUUCAGUUUAAAGAUUGAAUUUUUUCUGGUUUACAGCUUGGUUUGGUUUAGUUUUUUUCCUGGUUUUUGCAGUUUCAGAAUUGUGGGGUUUCUUGAAAUUCUUGAAAGAAAAGUGGGUAACCAUCCAAAUUCAGUUGAAGAGGGUGAAUUUUCUGGCUGAAGAAAAAUCUGUAUGUGGAGAUGGGAAAUUGGGGGUUUUCUUGCAUCUCAAUCAUGUCUCUGUUGCUGCUGGGAAUCUGCAAUGGGAGUGUGCAACGUAUAGGGAAAUUAGAUCUAGGAUUCAAAGGGUCUCAAAUGUAUUACAUAGACAACGAUGGACUUUUUCUGUUGUCAAACAACUCGAAUUUCGCCUUUGGCUUGACCACGACUGCUGCAGAUGUCACUCAAUUUCUCCUUGUUGUGAUGCACAAGAGCAGCUCAACUAUAGUCUGGGCUGCCAACAGAGAUUCCCCAGUUAGGAAUUCAGACAACUUCCAGCUUGAUGAUUCCGGCAACGCCUUCUUGCAGAGCGGCGGCUCCACAAUCUGGUCUUCAGACACUGGUAAUAAAGGAGUUUCUGCAAUGCAGUUGUUGGAUAAUGGAAAUCUUGUGUUGGUUGGGAGUGAUAGUGAUGAUGGCAGCUUCAUUUGGCAGAGCUUUAGCCACCCCACCAACACCCUUCUCCCCAAUCAAGAGUUCUCUCAAGGGAUGAGGCUUAUCAGCGACCGUGGCUCGAGCAACUUGACCUUCUCGCUCGAGAUCAAGGCCGGGGACAUGGCCCUCUCCGCGGGGUUCCACCCUCCCCAGCCGUAUUGGUCUAUGGGGCGAGACAGCCGGAUCACCAUCAACAAGGGGCUCGGUGCAGUCACGUCUGCUGUGAUAAGUGGCAAUUCUUGGAAGUUCUAUGACUCGAGCAAGGUGUUGCUUUGGCAGUUCAUCUUCUCGGAGAGCAGCAGUGGGAAUGCAACGUGGAUCGCGGUGAUUGGUGAUGAGGGCUCCAUCACGUUCACCGUGCUUCAAGCUGGCUCGUCUAGCCCCUCCCCGACUAGAAUCCCGGCUGAUCAGUGCAGUAGGCCUGCAGCCUGCGAUCCCUACUCCGUUUGCUAUCCGGGGAACACGUGCCAGUGCCCCUCUCCCCUCGCCCCGUGCAAAUCUAUGGCCUCCCCUCGCUGUGGUGAUAACUCAACGGGUGGCCCGGUGGAGCUUGUUAGUGGCGGUGACGAUCUGAGCUACUUCGCGCUGCCAUUCGUGCAGCCAUUCUCCAAGACCACGACGUUGGAUGGCUGCAAGGCUUCGUGCCUUGGCAAUUGCUCGUGUGGCGCCCUGUUUUUCCAGAACAGCUCCGGGAGUUGCUUCCUGUUUAAUGAGAUAGGAAGCAUGGAGGUGUCUAGCAACGGAGGUGGAUACACUUCGUACAUCAAGAUGUCGAGCAACGGGGGGAGGGGCGGAGGCGGAGGUGGAGGCGGAGGGAGUAAGCCUUCCCCAAUAGUGAUAGUCAUUGUGGUUGUGACUGUGGUUGUGAUAGUAGCAAUGGUGUUUGCUGCAUUCCGUUUGUACCGGAGAAACAAGAAGGCGCCCGACACGCCUAAGGAGAGCUCGGAGGAGGAUAACUUCUUGGAGGGCUUAUCCGGGAUGCCAAUCCGGUUCAGCUACAAAGAUCUUCAGGCUGCAACGAGGGACUUCUCCGUGAAGCUCGGGCAAGGAGGGUUCGGAUCAGUGUACGACGGCACUCUCCCUGACGGGACGAGGAUCGCUGUGAAGCAGCUCGAAGGGAUCGGGCAAGGGAAGAAGGAGUUUAGGGCUGAGGUGAGCAUCAUAGGCAGCAUCCACCACCUCCACCUAGUCCGGCUGAGGGGCUUCUGCGUGGACGGGAGCCACCGCCUCCUCGCCUACGAGUUCAUGGCCAACGGCUCCUUGGACAAGUGGCUGUUCAAGAAGGACAAAGGCGAGUUCAUGUUGGAUUGGAACACGCGGUACAACAUCGCUGUCGGGACAGCCAAGGGCCUCGCCUACCUGCACGAGGACUGCGAUGUCAAGAUCGUGCAUUGCGACAUCAAGCCGGAGAACGUGCUCCUUGACGACCACUUCAUGGCCAAGGUCUCCGAUUUUGGGCUGGCGAAGCUCAUGACGCGCGAGCAGAGCCAUGUCUUCACGACGAUGAGGGGCACCCGGGGCUACCUUGCACCGGAGUGGAUCACGAGCUAUGCUAUAUCGGAGAAGAGCGAUGUUUAUAGCUAUGGGAUGGUGUUGCUCGAGCUCAUUGGUGGCCGGAAGAACUACGAUACCACGCAGAGCUCGGAGAAAUCGCACUUCCCUUCGUACGCGUUUAAGAUGAUGGAGGAGGGGAAGUUGAGGGAGAUCAUGGAUGAGAAGUUGAAGUUCAGUGAUGAGGAUGAGAGGGUUGCCAUAGCCAUCAAAGUUGCUCUGUGGUGCAUACAAGAUGAUAUGAGUCUCCGGCCGCCUAUGACGAAGGUGGUGCAGAUGCUCGAGGGGCUCAGCCCGGUCCCUCCGCCUCCCACGGCCUCGCAGCUAGGCUCACGACUUUACUCCAACUUCUUCAAGUCGAUCAGCGAGGGCGGGACCUCCUCGGGGCCCUCGGACUGCAACAGCGACGCCUAUCUCUCGGCGGUUCGCCUCUCUGGUCCAAGAUGACACAUGGAUCUUGUAGUAGCUUGUGUUGUGUAAAUGAGAGUUCAAGUUUUGUAACGCAGACGGCUAUGGUGAUGGAGGUGAAAUGUGUAUCAUGUUUUGUAUUCUUGAUUUGUAAAUUAAUGGUUUUGAUCUAUAGAGAAGUUGUGGUUUGUGUUCCA